AGAACAGGAUUCAGCGUCUGCGCUCUUCGUGCUGGUAAUGCCAGAGAAAAGCCACUGGUUUCGGUGACUUGUUACCAAUCCAGCGUCUUGAUCAAUUUCAGCAAGAAGGGUCUCGUGGAAGUGGUUGAUCUGAUCGAGGCCUUGGAUUGGCUUUGCAAGGCCAUGCGCAUGCCGAGAACUGAGGAUUCCCUGAGCUUAUCGACAACUACUUGCCGUCUGGAACGCCAUUCGAUGACCGAAGUAAUUGAGUUCGGUCCACUUAGUGGCUUAGCAAGUCGAAAGUACGUUCUCAGGCCGUGCGUUGAUCUUAAAAUAUCCCCUCUACCGCACUCGGACCACAACUGCUGGCACGACCUAUUCCGUUCCUGUAUCGUGGCGGAUUCUGCCUUACCCCGAUAUCGUGAUUUCGGAAAGGGCCUGGAGAUACCUUUCGACCUAAUGGUAUCACUUGCGGCUGUCGAGUUCUAUUUGAUCAUUGACGGCGGGGUGGUAUUCAUUGGAUACCAGACUGUGCUAUUCCCAACGGCAAUUCAAGGCGACUGUGCACAAUUUCAUUCGAUUACGAGUAAUAAUGGCCAAAUCAACCCAUAUGCGCUCGACCUCGGAGAAAGAGUGUUGACGGAGGACCCUUCCCAGUUUAAAGCGAUGCGAUGCUUUCUAGGAUGGUGCGAAGCGGCUCAGAUCAACCUUGGAACCAGGCGAUUACCUGCCGCAGUCAAAUACUCCGGUGGCCGCAGUCACGGAGAGUCUCUGCAGUUAGACGGUUACUCAAUACUAGCCCAAGUUGGAGCAUCUGCUCCUCUGUCAGCUGUCUUAGGGCUGCAGACCAACUUCAAGUACGCAUCCCACCGCCGCCAAUUUACGCCGCUCGGCAAUUAUUGCAAGCUGCUUCAGGAUACAUCCCGGGAAUUAGCGAUUGUUUACGAUACCGCCCAACGUCGAAGUUGGUUAGUACCGAAGCUGAGCCUGCUUUUGCACAUGAGCCAUGCGUAUACUCGGGCCCGUGCUGGUAUACCAGAUAAUCGAGUACCAUACGUCGAACCGCACGCUGAUGCGAUCGAAGUCAUAAACGUAUUGGAGCCAUUAGGUGACGCACUUGUCUGUGGAGUAAAGACAGAUAAAUUCUUAUUUCGGGAGCUGAUGCUGGGGCUCAAUACGAAUUUACUGAAGACUGUGGCCUCGAUACGAAAGAGCAGCGGCAAAAAGCUCUACGGGUUCGAAUUCAUGGACGUCGUUACUGAACCUGGCCGAGGAACAUGCAUGAAGAAGCUGGAAGUGCUAUCGCAGGGGAAAAACUGGCUCGAAAUUGUGAACGCGGUAGAUGCAGUGGUUGUGUGUUCGGAACUCGGUGAAGCUAUCACUGCUGUGGAGGGAAGCGGCCGGAAGAGUACCAAUUGCAGCAAGAUUCCAAUGGACCUCGAUUACCUCGCUGCAACACUUCCAUGCUUGGCUCAGUUAGCGGGGCGCGAAGGAGGAGAAUUGAGCACUGGGAGUCAGCACGUUAAAAUUGCCGAGAACACCUUGUGGGAGUUGAGGGGUGACCCUUUCGGGGUAUGUCAGCAUAAUAACGCCAACGACACAUGCUGGAAGAGAUCCGACCUAGUCCAGCGGCUGGUACCAGAGAGAUAUUUUGGAUUCAUGGGCCCUGUCCUUGCACCAAAACAUUCACCUCUGAAACAGAUUCCUGUAUCUGGGGCUGUAGUAUUCGGAAAACGGGGUCUUUAACUGCUGAUAUAAGCAGUUGCACGCUCCUGCUAUCUUUCUCUAGACCCUUUAUGGAACAAAUAGCGACUGUCGCUGGCAACGGCAGUAGCGCAGAGAAAAGGAAGUCUUGUCAGACUAUAGAAGAGAUAUAGAUAGAGAU